AUGGUGAAAAGAAAGCUUGGAGCCUUGGAAAAGGUCGAGGCUGACCUGCCUAAUUUGCAGCACAAGAUUAAGAGAGAUCCCAAAUCUUACAUUGAAGAUUUCCGCGCCCAGCACUACCAAUAUGAAUCUCAUCGCGAGAUUUUCAUGGCGGCGCCCUCAUCCGCUACAGAUACCGGUAUAAUCUCUCUUCGGGAUCUUAUUGACUUCAUUUCCCAUGUGGCCGACUGUUACCCUGGAAUCUGCAAGGACUUCCCGCAACAACUCAUUGACAUGCUUAUGCAACACCACCUGGUUUUGGAGACAGAGCUGCGGGAGAAGCUCGUCGGAAGUCUGGUGCUGUUGAAGAAGAAAGAUCUUGUGGACUCGGCAACCCUGUUGCACACUCUCUUCCCCAUCCUUGUCGCUACACCUAGCAAGACCCUGCGGGCUCUGCUGUUCCAAAAGAUUCUUUCUGAGCUCAGAACUGCAAAUGCAAAGACCACGAAUCACAAGCUGAACCGCACUAUGCAGACUGUCCUGUUCAACUUGGUCACAUCGGAUCGCACAUCGGCUAAAGGCCUGUGGGCAAUCAAGAUCACUAGAGAGCUAUGGAAGCGUCAAAUUUGGACUGAGGCUAAAGCUGUCGAGGUCAUGAAGGAGGCAGCCUUGUCACAGAAUGAAAAGGUCAUCAUUGGCGGAGUUCGUUUCUUCCUUGGUGGCGAUAAAGAGCGCGAGGAAUUGGAGGACGAAGACAGUGAUGAAGAAGUCAACGUUGGCCAGGUGAAGCACCAACUUACUAUCAACAAGAAGACUAGAAAGAAGGCUCGCGUUGCUGAAAAGGCCAUCAAGGCAGUCAGAAACAAGGAGCGCAAGAAGGGCAACCCCAUUUCUCUCAACUUCUCGGCGCUUCAUUUGCUGCACGACCCUCAAGGAUUCGCGGAUAACAUGUUCUUCAAGCAUCUCCAAAACAGCAAGUCUCACUUGAAGUUGGAGCAAAAGCUCCUAGUGCUGCAGCUGGUGUCCCGUCUGGUUGGCUUGCACAAGUUGCACAUCAUGCCACUCUACUCUUACUUCCAAAAGUUCCUUACACCCCGCCAACCAUCUGUGACCUCGUUCCUUGCGUCCCUGGCCCAAGCUUCUCACGACUUGGUGCCGCCUGAUGUUCUCGAGCCUCUGGUUCAGAAGAUUGCAAAUGAGUUCGUGUCCGAAGCAUCAGCAGGUGAAGUUGCUACGGCCGGUCUCAAUGCCAUUCGUGAAAUCUGUGUCCGUCAACCUUUGGCUAUUGACGAGACCCUGUUGCAGGAUCUUGUCAUGUACAAAAAGAGUAAGGAUAAGGGUGUCAUGAUGGCCUCCAAGGGUCUUCUCAGUCUAUACCGUGAUGUUGGUGCACAGAUGCUCAAGAAGCGUGAUCGCGGCAAGGAAGCUUCAAUGAGCUUGCGCGCUGGUGAGAGGCAAGAGAGGCGUUAUGGUGAGCAGGCCGUCGGUGAAAUUGAGGGCUUGGAACUCUUGGCCAAGUGGAAGGACGAGGAACGUCGCAAGAAAAACAUCGAGAAGGGUCUGCCAUCAGAUGCUGAAGAUGAUGAAGAGGAGGACGAGGAAGCCGCUUGGGCAGCCUGGAACGUCGAAGACGACGAGGACAGUGAUGUCGACGGUGAAUGGAUCAAUGUGGAGGACGAUGUUGACAUUGUACUGAGCGAUUCCGAGGAUGAGGGCAAGCCCGGACCCUCAAAGAAGGCUAAGCAGGAAGAGGAAGCCAAGAAGGACGGUGAAAAAGAGGAAGAAGACGAAAAAGCCAUCGAUUUCAUGAAAUUGGCUACCACCCGCAUUCUCACGCCUGCCGAUCUCGCCAAACUGGCUGAGCUUCGCGCCCAGGCAGCAGCCGAGGCAGUUCUUCCAGGCAACAAGGGUCGUGUUGCUGCCCCAUGGACCUCCCGCCAUACCGACGACCCAUUGACCGCUGAGGAGAUUGAAGGUCUUGCUGCUCUGUCUGCUGCCAAGGCCACUCGUGAGGAGCGCAUUGCCCACGCUCGGGAAGGCAAGACUGAUCGCUCUGAGCACAUGAGCAAGGAGGCUCGUCGCAAGGAACGCAAGGAGGAGCAAGGAAAGAGUUCCACCAACAAGGAGAAGGCUCGCCGUAAGAACUUCCUCAUGACCCUGGGCAAGGCGCGCAGCAAGAACAAGAGGAGUUUGGUGGAGACCCGUGCUGUUCUUAAAGCGCAUCACGAUCGCAGUAAGAGAGGCGGAAGGAGAGGAAAUGUGGGUAACUGA